GACACACACCCAGCACACACCCAGCACACACCCAGACAGUUGGGUAUAUCUUCAGCCAGCUAUAGUGUUUGUGUUAGACUCUGGACCAGCUGCAGAUUGAAGUCUAAGGAGGAGCAACACGGUUUUUCAGUCCGUCAGCAUGGCACUCGUCUUCCUCCUCCUCUUCCUCCCCCUCUCUCACCACUCCAAUGCCAUGACUGGUUGCCAUAGUGACCGUGACAAAGACCACCGCCCCCGGGUCAACUGCACGGCAACCAACCUUAGUGACGUUCCCGCCAGCAUCGACACGACAACCAAGGUGCUGAUCUUCACCCAGAACCAGUUCUCCAGUCUAACCUGGUCCUCCUAUAGUCACUUCCCAGAGCUCUAUGAGAUAGAUCUGAGCCACAACGCAGUUCCAGAGGUUCCCCUGUCCCCCGGCCCGAUUCUCCCCACUCUAGGGGUUCUACGCCUGGUAGGGAACCGCAUUAGAACCCUGCCCCCUCACUCCUUCAGGGCCACGCCGGGCCUGCUAGAACUCUAUCUGGACCAGAACAUUCUGGAGACACUAGACGACCUGUCCUUCUCUGGGCUCAGGCUGCUACAGAUCCUGGAACUUUCUCAGAACCGUAUCUCUGUUCUGCCCCCUCUGAUGUUUCGCUCCCUCCCGGCCAUCGAAACCUUGGUUCUAGAGCAGAACCACAUCAGAACCAUGCCUGACCAGUGGUUCUCUGCCAAACCUGAAGUUCCCUACACCUACCUGUCGCAGAACCCCUGGGCCUGCUUCUGUAAGGUGGGUUACCUGAAGAAACACCUGGAUGAUCAGGGCUUCAAUGUGUAUACGAGGGAUGGAAUAAUCAUCACUCCGGACGAAGAGAGUGUUACCUGUGCCACACCUCCCUCCCUGGCCGGCCGACCAAUCGUGGGGCUGGAGGAUGAGGAGUACUGCUCACCUGGUGCCAAACCUGAUGGCCCCCCUGGAGACUCUGAACCUCAACCUACCCCUACACUACCCCCCACCACCACUAUGCCACCAACCACAGGAGCCACAACCACAGUUCCUACUACCUUUCCCACCACUACUACUCCUGCUACCACUACUACUGUGGUACCCACUACUCCUGCUACCACUACUACUACUGUGGUACCCACUACUCCUGCUACUACUACUGCUACUGUGGUACCCACUACUCCUCCCCGUCUCAACCACCUAGGACCCCAACUCAACCACCUAGGACCCUACCUUGGACCCCAACUCAACCCCCUAGAACCCCAACUCAACCCCCUAGAACCCCAACUCAACCACCUAGGACCCCAACUCAACCCCCACUACCUAGAACCCAGACCCUGA